CUGAGAAUGAAUAGACACCUUUGAGACCCUUUGCUCUGUUUGGAAGAAUUUGUUUGAUUAACUAUCAUCGCAGCAUAAUUACAGCAGACACGUGAGAUGGCCCAUGGACGUCUGCUAGCGUUAACACUGUUCUCGGGAGCAGUGCUGUUGCUAGCCACCCAGCUAACUGUUGCUCAUAGCCACUCUCAUGACCAUGGGCAUGCACACUCGCACGGGGGCGGCGGUUGCGAUGGUCACUCCCAUGGCAGUCAGAAACUGCACCACGGGGCGAGCAAGUGGAGUGCUGAGGCCAACCUGCCCCCAGCUGAGUCGUCACACCACGGUCACGCACAUGACCAUGGACAUAAGCAUGAGGAGAGUGGACACGGGCACACCCAUGGAGGAGAGAGGGAGGGAGAGAAGAGGGACAUAGUGGAGCUCUGGAUGCAGGCCAUCGGUGCCACUCUGCUGAUCAGUGCUGCUCCCUUCUUCAUCCUCUUCCUGAUCCCGGUCCAGUCCAAUACAGACCAGAACAAGAACCUCCUUAAGGUGCUGUUGAGCUUUGCCUCUGGUGGCCUGCUGGGAGAUGCCUUCCUGCACCUCAUCCCUCACGCCCUGGUGCCUCACUCUCACCAUGGAGACGAGGGACACGGCCACUCACAUGACAGUGAAGAAUCACAGGAUCAUGGCCACUCACAUGGUGCCGCCCAUGGUCACAUGAUGUCAGUAGGGCUGUGGGUCCUCGGAGGAAUUGUGGCCUUCCUGGUGGUGGAAAAAUUUGUUCGCCUCCUGAAGGAAGGACAUGGACAUGGACACUCUCACGCUGCUCCUAAGGCAAAGGAGAGUGACGGGGAGGAAAAAAAUAAGGGUGAGAAAGAUGGAAAAGAAAGCAAAGAUGAGAAAACUACAGAUAUCAAGGUAUCGGGCUACCUGAACCUGGCUGCUGACUUCACACACAAUUUCACUGACGGGCUGGCCAUCGGGGCAUCGUUCCUGGUGGGCCCAGCAGUAGGCACAGUCACCACUCUCACCAUCCUGCUGCACGAGGUGCCCCACGAGAUUGGCGACUUUGCCAUCCUCGUCCAGUCUGGCUGCACCAAGAAGAAGGCCAUGUGUCUACAGCUGCUGACAGCCUUGGGGGCUCUUGCCGGCACAGCCUGCUCCCUAUUGGCUGAGGGGGUGGGCGCGGCCGCCACAGCCUGGAUCUUGCCAUUCACCGCAGGUGGCUUUGUGUACAUCGCCACAGUGACGGUCCUGCCUGAGCUGCUGGUUGGGCGCUCUAGUCUGGGCCAAUCGGUGAUGGAGAUCCUGGCGAUGCUGGUUGGAAUUUACAUGAUGGUGCUAAUCGCAGAGUAUGAGUGAGAGUAUGAGUGAGAGUAUGAGUGAGAGCUUUCACAGGACUAUUUGUUCCAAAGAGAACCUGAAUAGGGAGUUGCAUUUCAACACCAACCAACUGGAGGAUGAUGACGAUCUGAACUAUACAAAGUCCUCAUCAGCAUAGGUCAGACAUUUGCAAGCAAGGCAGAUGACUGGUAGUUGUAGUCCAUUAUAAUUGCGCAGUUCAUUCCCUUUUUAGUCACAAAAAGGCAACCCAAAACAAUGUGUGUUUAAGUUGCUGUUAACUGUUGAAUCUGUCCAUUAGUUAAAACGAAAAUCAAGAACGGCCUCCACACCAAUAUUUGUAAUGUUUACUUUUGCCUUUAAUUGUACUGUCAGAGAUCACAGAUUGAACACAAUAGAACUAGACAGUUAAGUGGUAGGGCAUUUUCCUGGAUUUAAAUGAAGGGUAUUUUUGGAUCAGUAUAUUAGCCUACAACUGGAACAUUCCAAUUAAAUUAAAUGGGCAUAAUAUUUGAACGUAUACCACCUAAACCAGGUCCCCAAAUAGCGGCUAUCUUGGAUACUUGACAUUGAGGAAAAGAGUGUCCUGAAAUGUCAUCAGCUUCCUGAAUGGGGCUUAUUGGGAAAGAUGAAUAAGCUGCUUUAGAUAUAGUACACAGCAGUUACUGACCAAGCUAACUAGGAAGCCAGGGAGAUUUUCUUGUUAAAAGGUUUUCAUACAUGCAUUUACUGUACUUCCACAUUAUGCAUGUAUUUAGGGUGGGCUAUCCAUGUCGAAACUGAACCUAUUAUCCAGAGUAACAGGAUUUGGGGGAAGUAGACAGUCUUUGAAACUGAUUUCUUCAACCUUCAACCAACCGUAAGGUCUUGUCCAAGUGAUGUUUGCCCUUUUGAACAACUGAAUGAUGAACCCUCUUCUACUUUUUAGUGUUUAUAAACCACUGCUGCAACAGGUUUUGUUGAAUUGUGACGACUAUUAUUUUGGGGGAUUUAUACAUGUUCACUUGCGUACAGUACUCAAACCUGCUCUCCCUCUGCUCUUGACGAAUACAGUAGGCAUUGUGUCAUUAAGACAAUCAAUGCUGUAGCUGUUUUGUGUUUAGAAAGAAGUCGCUCACCCUGGACCAUUCUGUAUGUACACGACUGCAUCUCUGGCCUGAUUGCGAACUGAUCCUAUGCCCCUAUCCACAGGACCUUGUUGACUUCCGUCUUGUGGAUCUAAAACUGUUUGUACUGCCAAUAUUGUAUAGUAAGCUGCUUUACCUAGGUUUCUGUGAUAAGUAUAUUGUUUCCAUCCAAUGUAUUCCUUACGUCAAGUCUUAUCAGAUGCUUGAGGUUGUCAACAGCCUAUAGAUGGGUGCAAUGGCUUGAUUUGUCAUCAUACUUUUUAAUCACAGGGAACAAGGUUAAAGUGGUGUGUGGGAGAUUUAUUAAGAGCAGGGGCAAAGAGGAGUGGUGUAAUUUGUUACUUUUUCAUUAAACAAUUGAUUCUCUCAUGUUUCACACCAUC